ACUCAGAAAGUCAGACAGAUAGACAGACCUACACAGAACUACAAUCUGCGUUAUUUACCAGAUGUGUUUAUAAACUACUAACAGCAACACUUGUGCUGUUUUCACUUUAGAGAAACAGUUUUGGAAGCUAUGCGUUUUUGUUUUUGUUUGACUUAAUAUUGGUGAAGUUUCCCAAACAGGCACAGUAAGGUGUCCGGAGCGCAACAACUGGAGAUCUGGAAGAGAGCUUGUUUUUUUUUUUUUCUUUUUUUUUUUUUUCUUUUUCUCUUAAACCACUCGGUUUUUUUUGGAGUAUGAUUGCUGUCAUGUAUAGUUAGACAACCCCUUCUCACAUUUUCUGUGACAGAAAGGAGACAGUGAGCUUAUGCUUCCCUUCAUCCUCCUCGCUCGACAUCUAUGGAGAGGCUCUCCUGUGCGCUCUUACGCAGCUCCUGGAGUUACUUGCGGCCGAGACAACACCGAGAGUGUUGAGUUCACCGACCUGGAUAGCAGAAGACGACACACUUAACCUCAUUUGAAUGCCUUUGCAAGGGGUUUGCUGGUUUCUGUGCUGCAGGCAGGGCUUCAGUUUGCUCAGACGGGAAUAUGGGGAGAAAGAGGAGGAAGAGUCUUUUGAAUUGCGCAAUAAGGAGGACUUGACUCCCAAUGGACGGAGUCCAACCGAGGUGACUGUUUCUCAACCAACACGAACAGCCAAUGGAACAAACGGGCACGCCGUCACAGAGGUGUCUGACGAGAUGAAGAGCCUAAUCAUUGAGAAGAAUAAGAUGGGCCCCGAGGAAGAGCCUGAACUGCUGGUUAAAGGAUGGCUUUUGCGGGAGGUGCGGGGGAACUGGAUCAAGCAGCGCCGGUAUUGGUUUGUGCUGACCCAGGACUCUCUAGACUACUACACUGGACCAGAGAAAGGAGCCCGCAGACUGGGCACACUCGUCCUGACCAACCUCUGCUCUGUCAUCUGGCCAGACAAACAGACUUACAAAGAGACGGGCUACUGGAGCAUAACAGUAUACGGGCGGAAGCACUGCUACAGGCUGUACACCAAGCACUUCAACGAGGCUGUUCACUGGGCAUGUGCCAUCCAGAAAAUUAUCGACACCAAAGCCCCGGUGGAAACGCCAACCCAGCUUCUGAUCCGAGAUAUUGAGGAGAAUAAAUUCAACCCUGAGGUAGUCGAGCACAUCUACCAGCACAACCCCAUCCUGAAGUACACCCAGGGCCCCCUGUAUGCUCCUCUGCUGCCUUUCCCCUACGGCAGCCUGGAGCACAGAUAUCACAGUGGGAAAGGCUAUGGCUCAGUGCGCGAGGAGGCUGUGAAACUCUUCAACUGCCUGCAGCAGCUGGAGUCAGCGCGGGAGUCGGUUCCCAUCAUCCAGGGUGUGCUACAGACCUGCCUAGACCUGCGGCCCCUCCGUGAUGAAGUCUACUGCCAACUAGUAAAGCAGACCAGCUACACGCCUGCCCCGUACACUGCUGCACACCUCCGCUACUGGCAGCUACUCACCUGCAUGAGCUGCACCUUCCUGCCUGGGCCCACCGUGCUUAAGUACCUUCGAUUCCACCUCAAGAGGAUUCAGAGCCAGAGUCCUGAAUCUGAGAUGGAUAACUAUGCGUCAUUCAUCAGCGAGGCUCUGGAAAAGACCAAGUGUCGGGAGUGUGUGCCAUCCUGGGAGGAAAUCCAGAUGCUGAUGAGCAGACAGGAGAUGCUCUGCACGGUGCAUUAUCCUGGGCCCGGAUCCUGCCAGCUCUACAUCAGCUCACAUACGACCGCUAAUGAGGUGGUACGAAGGAUGCAGGAAAAACUCAGCCUGCAAGACAGCAAAAACACAUUUGCACUGUAUGAGCAGAAUGCACUGUGGGAGCAGCCAAUUACAGGCAGCGUUCUGAUCGCAGACAUCCUGACCAGCUUCUCCACCAAAGAGGCAGAGUCUAAAUCCCAGUGGAAACUGUGUUUCAAGCUCUACUGCCUAUUAGAUGCUGACAGCAUAUCAGUGGACAGCAUCGAGUAUCUCUUCCUCUUUGAGCAGUGCCAUGAAAUGGUGGUGCGUGGCCAGCUGCCAGCCAGUGAAGAGGACCUCCAGGCCUUGGCUGCUCUGAGGCUUCAGUGUAUGAUGGGCGACUUCAGCACGCACGCUCCCUGCCCACCUCUGGACGAACUCUUCCCAGGUCACAUGCUAGAAGCCCGGAUCCUCAUGUCCCUUUCUGCCCCUCAAGCCUUCCUCCUUGCCAGUUGGCGGCUCAGGGCUGCCCCACGACACAGCGCUUCCCCUCGGGCCUCCUCACGGGAACGCUGUGGAGCCACACAGCUACAGCAGUGCACAAGCAAAAGGUGGAGCAGGAUUUGCGUCUGCGGAGCCGACUGAAGGAGGAGGCUGCAGCCGUCAUG